GUGUUGCCGGGAAGUUAGUAGGACAAGGCGGAACCUAACGGUGCUUCCUGGCUGUCGCCUAACUAUGGCUUCCGUUUGUUCUGGCAAUGCAGUCCCCGUGUGGCUGAGCGAGGACGACCUGAGCUGCAUUAUCUGCCAAGGGCUGCUGGACCGGCCCACCACGCUGCCCUGUGGCCACAGCUUUUGUCUCCCGUGCCUCCAUGACCUGUGGGUCUCGAAGCGUGGGGCCGUGGAUGGCUGCCCUUGGGCUUGCCCCAUAUGCCGGAAGGGCCCCUCGACAAAGCCCAAGCUGCACAAGAACCCACUGCUGCAAGACCUGGUGGACAAGUACCGCCAAGCGGCACGGGAGGUCGAGGCUGGCUCGGAGCCCGAACCUGCCCCCGCGCCGCGUUCUCCGCCCCAGGGCUGCUUGAUGUUUCAGCACGUAUCAGAUCAUCAUUGCUUUGAGUGGCUGUUUUAUCAUCUCUGUGGAUAUGUGACAGUACAGAAAAGCCCCACAAACGUUAUCCAGGAGCUGACUGACAUGGUGAGACAGCUUGUAGACGAUGUCAAGAGCCUUCAAAUGCAAAGACCCAGCUUGGGAUCUGGACAGGACAAUGCACGAGGCACCCCACCCACAGAUUCUUCCUCUGAGGAGGAACAUUCCUUGGAUUCUCCAAAGCUGGUGACCUUCAGUGUACCUCAGAAGAAAAUGCAGGAGAUUCUCCAUAACCUGGAAGAAAUUCAGGAGAAACUGCAAGGGGGUGUCCCAUGGAGGGCACCCCCUAGAGAGCGAGUUCAGGAAAUGACAUCUUCCUUAUGCCUGCUGCCUGAUCAGAGGCGCCCUGAACCCAGGAAAGCUUCUCACUUUUCCCUGUGGGCCAUCAGUCCAACCUUUGACCUGCGGACCCUCUCCUAUAACCUGGAGGUUUCCAACAAUAGCCGGAGAGUGACUGUGUCUCGUGGUGAUCCGCACACCUAUCACUGGAGUCCCCAGAGAUUUUCAAUUAGUCAGGUCUUCUGUUCUCAGGCCCUCUCUUCUGGACAGAAGUACUGGGAAGUGGACACUAGGAACUGCAGCCACUGGGCCAUCGGGGUAGCUUCUUGGGGCAUGAAGCGGGACGGGAUGCUGGGAAGGACUAUGGACUCCUGGUGUAUAGAGUGGAGAGGGCCUGGCCAGUUCUCUGCUUGGGCCAAGAUGAAGAAAACAGACUUGCAGUCGGACCUCCCUGAGGUUGUGGGCGUGUGGCUGGACCUGGAGUCGGGGGAGCUUGCCUUCUACGCAGUGGCCGAUCACGAGAGGCUCCUGUAUGAGUGUGAGGUCUCCAGCUCCUCUCCUCUGCAUCCCGCCUUCUGGCUGUACGGCUUAAGUCCUGGAAACUACCUGGAAAUAAAGCAGCUAAACACAUGAAGCUUCCCUCGGGGUUAGGACAGAGGCUUCUUAGCCUCUUUGUUUAGGGGCCACUGGAGAAUUCCACUUAGGGAGACUGGAUAUGGUAGUACAUGCCUAUAACUCCAGCACUUGGGACGUGGAGGCAGGAGGAUCACUGCAAGUUUGAGGCCAGCAUGGUCAAUAAAGAUAGUUCAAGGCCAGCUUGGACUAUAUGAUAUGACUGCCCAAUUUUAAAGUUAUUCUUUUUUGGGGUGAGACAGGAUGAACUAAUCAAGUUUGUGUUUUUUAAGCCUUGGGCAUUUCAGAGAAAGAGCUGGUCUGGAGUGUCUCCUCACAGUGACCUCUGAGGCCUCAGAAUAGCCUGCCUAAUAAGAAGGACUUCAGACCAUUCCCUAUGGCCUCAUCUGGGACUGUUGGUUUAGUAAGCCUGUGGCCAACAAGUCACACCUACAUGACUGACCCCCAACCCCCAGUUAAAAGUCUAACCCAACAGCAUAGCUGGGUGAACAUCUCUAGCUAGCAUAUACUAUAUAUGUCCUCACAUACCUCUGCUGGAAGGGCGGAGCGCUGUCUUAUAACUGGUAAGAGGGAGUGCUCCUGGACCCUGCUUGUGUGCCUUUUUCUACUGUUCAUUUUAUUCUGUGGCCUUUCAGUGUAAUAAACUGAAAUCAUGACUUUCACAA